AUGUCGUGGCCCGUGGCAGGAACCCUGAUGAUCGAGCCCACGGAGUCAGAGGACAAGGCAGAGAUGGACCGCUUCUGUGAUGCGUUGAUGGGAAUCAGACAGGAAAUAGCCGACAUUGAGGAAGGCAGGAUGGAUGCCCGCGUUAACCCACUGAAGGUGCACUGCAUUGGCCUGACUCAUAGAUAGACACAACUUACAAUCUGUGUGUGUUAAACCAUGCAAUCAGCUACAUACAGUGGUCUAUAAACUCAUUAUAGCAAUUUUUCUCAAUUAAAUAGGUGUGAGUGAUAGCCUCCCAUAUUUCAACAUAAGUUAUAACAACUGAUUGUGAUAAGACAUACCGAUCCGGUGUUAUGGACAACCUUUUAUUAGAGUAUUAUUGAGCAUAAAAAAAUCUGUGCUUUAGUGAUGGCACCUAAAUGUAGCAAGAGUUGCUGUAUUUUGCCAGAGCAGCUAAAAUAGGUGUUCACUUGGGUCUGUCUGUGUCCACAGAUGGCCCCUCACUCCCUGGCGAGCAUCACCUCCUCCACCUGGGACAGGCCCUACUCCAGGGAGUACGCUGCUUUCCCCCUGGUGAGUCUUCCCUCUGGAAAACAUCACAACACACACUACCAACUCCACUUCCCCCUGAGCUAAAAAUGGCCUUGUUUGUGAUUCAUGUGAAUAUCAACAUGUUUACAAUUGAUUUACCAAAAUCGUUGUACACAGAUUAUUUUACUCUCUCUGUAUUAUUGUUAACAAAUUGGUAUGCAUGGUAAACUCAAAUGUUUCUCAUUUUAAAACUUCCAGCCAUUUGUGAGGCCCGAGACCAAGUUUUGGCCAUCCAUCUCCAGGAUCGACGACAUAUACGGUGACCAGCACCUGGUCUGCACUUGCCCCCCUAUGGACGUGUAUGAGUCACCAUAUGAGGAGAAGAGAGCUUCCUCAUGA